UGUGUGUGUGUGUGUGUGUGGACUUUUCUGGGCGAGCUGAGGUCACACAACUUGGUCUGGGCAGGUCAGGAUGAGUCUCCAGUGGACGGCCGUGGCCUUCUUCCUCUAUGCAGAGAUAGCCGUCGACCUCAUCUUGUGCGUCCCCUUCAUAUCGGCACCGAGAUGGCGCCUGGUUUUCAGCUGGAGAAUAUGGAAGUGGUUGUCCCCUUACUGGAGCAAGUGCUUCUUCACCAUGAUUAUGGUCCUCCUUGUUCUUUUCCUCGAUGCAGUUCGUGAGGUGCACCAGUACUCCAGCCCCGAGUCCAUGCAUGAAGCCCAGGUGAACGCCAAUCUCUUGGACCACCUUCACCUGAAGCUGUUCCGAGCUCAGAGGAACCUCUACAUCUCUGGCUUCUCUCUCUUCCUGUGGCUUGUCACGCGGCGAGUCGUCACCCUGCUGAAGCAGAUGGCCGUCACCGUGGACAACAACGCGGGUCUUCAGGCACAGACAGAGAGCGCCGCCCAAGCGGCCAAUCGUCAUCAAGAAGACAACCGCGCGCUCAAACAAGCUCUUCUGGCUGAGGAACAGAUCAUUGCAGAAGAAAACCAUCAACUGCAGCUGGAGACUAAGAGCCUGUCCAGGCAGUUAAAGAUGGCAAAGGAGGCUGUGCACAAGUCCCACGCUCAGGUGGAGGCCAUGAGCAGGCAGACACGAGGGAUGGAGAAGGAGUACGAGCGACUGCUGAAGGAGCAUCACGGGCUGCAGAAUCUGAGUGACGCAGACAAAAAGGUUCAAUAAUAAAGAAUGGAAGAUAUUGAUUGUGGCUGAUUGGAAC